UUCAUUAUUAUCCCCCAAUCUCAAAUCCGUGGAUGGCGUCAGCAAGGGCAUGGGGAAGAUCUCGCCGCUGCAUUCUUUUCCUCCUGCUGCUUUUCCCCAACCCCAGAGCUCAAGGGCAGCAAGCAAGGAUGCAUGGCACUGAGACGCAAGGGCUUGCGUAGCCUACAGGAGGCUAGACCUGGUCCGGAUUUCCAGUCUCGCUGUUUCUCUCGGGUCGCGCCGCUUAAUGGAUCUGACUGGCUUUUUCGGGAAAACAUACUCGUUCGUUGGCCGUCGGUUUAAGGCUCAUGUAUUCCGCAAGGGUCUGGAGGGUUGCAGAUGAACAGCCCUUGCUGCUCUUGGAAGGUCUCAAUGUCUCAAUCGCCUCCUCCAGCACGGGUGGGACGAAUGGCGCUGCAGCCUUUGUCAUGCUGCUAUUGGGUCCCUGACAGAUCCCGUCGAGUCCGGUCGGCCGUGUGCGUUCCUGGUUGGGUGGCCUUGACAAGGCUGAGGGCAAAGGAGGACGACUACCUGGAACUUUGACUUACUAAGAGGUGGGUUGAAUGAAUAGGCUCGGGGGCCAGAGUGGGACUCAAUGUUUGAGCGGAAGCUGUCCUCCAUUGUCCUCUGCGAGAGGAGUCUAUAGGUAUAUUAGGGCUUUCCUUCGUCGAGUCUUGCUCUCAGAAUCCGGGCUCUUUUCCAGCGUCUCACACAGACACCCAUCCAAAAGCAAGGCUGCCUCGACUUCGUGCUACUCUCUUCGCUGAACGCAUCAUUCUCUCAAGUUCAACUCCUCCAGAUCCGACAAGACACAUCCCUCUUAGGCAAAAUGGCCGCCCUCCGCCCUCCGUACACAUUGAAGACCGCACACGAAAAGGUCAAAUUCGCUCAGAAUAUGUGGAACUCUUGCAACCCGGCCCAAGUCUCCAACGGGUAUACGAGUGACUGCAUUUGGCGGAACCGCGCGUCCUUCAUCCGCGGCACUGCCCAGAUCGUCGACCUGCUCACCAAGAAGUGGGACAAGGAAAAGUCCUACCGCCUCCGCAAGGAAUUGUUCGCCUUCACGGACGACAAGAUUGCCGUGCAGUUCUGGUACGAGUAUCAGGAUAAAUACGAUGGUAUGAAGUGGAAGAGGUGCUACGGACUGGAGGAUUGGACCUUCGACCGUGAAAGCGGAAAGAUGAGGAAGAGACAGAUGAGUGGCAAUGAUAUCCUGCUGGGAAAGGAUGGUGAUGGCGUUGCGGUGCCAGAAGAGGGUAUUCAAGGGAGAUGGUUCGUCGACGGCGUAGACGUGGACGAUGAUAGUGUCACGGCCAAGAUUACGGAGGCUCACUGGUGAGCAGAUCUCAAACGUGACGAGGCAAGACGACCGUAAUGAGACUGGAAGGGCAGACUUUGGCUGGUUAGAUUGUGUCAAUCUCCUGUGAUUCCAUACCCGUAGUAUGAUAUGAACUCAAAUAAUAAUCGUCAGUCAUCAAGAAUAAUAGCCCAACAGCCGUCAGGUUGAACGAAACCAAUCUCAC